UCAGCUCUUCAACAUGAACAAGCUGUAUAUCGGGAAUCUCAGUGAAAACGUGACUCCAGAAGACUUGGUGAAAGUCUUCGAUGACUGCAAGAUCCCAUUUUCUGGGCAGUUUCUGCUGAAAACUGGUUACGCGUUUGUUGACUGUCCGGACGACCACUGGGCUAUGAAAGCCAUUGAAACAUUUUCUGGUAAAGUGGAACUGCAUGGGAAACGUAUUGAAGUCGAACAUUCGGUUCCAAAGAAGUUAAGAACCAGAAAGCUCCAGAUCAGGAACAUUCCACCACAUCUGCAGUGGGAGGUCCUCGACGGCCUUCUGGCUCAGUAUGGAACUGUGGAGAACUGCGAACAAGUGAACACGGACAGCGAAACUGCAGUGGUUAACGUCACCUAUGGAACCCGGGAACAGGCCAGACAGGCCAUUCAGAAGCUGAACGGCCACCAGUUUGAGAACAAUGCCCUGCGUGUCUCCUACAUUCCCGACGACAUGGUGGACGGCGAAGGCCAGCGGGGGCCUGACAACGGGCGGAACGCGAGUUACGGGCCCCGGAGAGGGCCGCGUCAGAGCUCCCCCGGCGGCGGCGGCGGCGGCUCUGCCAAGCACCAGCACACGGACAUUCCCUUACGCCUCCUCGUUCCCACGCAGUACGUGGGGGCAAUCAUUGGCAAGGAGGGCGCCACCAUACGCAACAUCACCAAGCAGACACAGAGCAAGAUCGACGUCCACCGCAAGGAGAACGCGGGUGCAGCGGAGAAGCCGAUCAGCAUCCACUCCACCCCCGAGGGCUGCUCCGCCGCCUGCCGAAUGAUCCUGGAAAUCAUGCACCAGGAGGCAAAAGACACCAAGACCGCUGAGGAAGUUCCACUGAAGAUUCUGGCCCACAAUAACUUUGUCGGGCGGCUCAUUGGGAAAGAGGGGCGCAACCUGAAAAAAGUGGAGCAAGACACGGACACAAAAAUCACUAUCUCUCCGCUGCAGGACCUGACCCUGUACAACCCUGAGAGGACCAUCACUGUGAAGGGACCCAUCGAGGCCUGCUGCCUGGCUGAGCAGGAGAUCAUGAAGAAAGUGCGGGAGGCCUACGAAAACGACAUUGCUGCUAUGAAUCAACAAGCUCACUUAAUCCCAGGACUCAACCUAGGCGCUCUCGGGCUGUUCCCUCCCUCGUCCUCUAUACCUCCUCCUCCCUCGGGAAACGCUGCAUCUGGAACGCCUUAUGGCUCCUUCGGAACCCCUGAGCAGGAGACGGUACACGUGUACAUCCCAGCCCAGGCCGUGGGAGCCAUAAUUGGAAAGAAGGGCCAACACAUCAAACAACUCAGCCGCUUUGCAGGGGCAUCCAUCAAGAUUGCUCCGGCUGAAGCUCCAGACUCCAAGAUGCGCAUGGUGAUUGUGACAGGACCGCCAGAGGCACAGUUCAAGGCCCAGGGAAGGAUAUAUGGCAAGCUGAAAGAGGAAAACUUCUUUGGGCCGAAAGAGGAAGUGAAACUGGAGACUCACAUCAAGGUGGCUGCAAGCGCUGCGGGCCGCGUCAUCGGAAAGGGCGGAAAGACGGUCAACGAGCUGCAGAACUUGACAGCGGCAGAGGUGGUGGUCCCCCGCGAACAAACCCCAGAUGAGAACGACCAGGUCAUCGUCAAGAUCAUCGGGCACUUCUAUGCAAGUCAGCUGGCACAGAGAAAAAUCAGGGACAUUCUGGCACAAGUCAGGCAACAGCAACAGAAAGGUAUGGGGGGCCACCAGGGCUCACACCUGCAGCCUGUUGGAGAACCAGGGGGCCCUCAGGAUCUUCAGCCUAACCGGAGGAAAUGA